UGUGCUCUGACAGCAUUGAGCUUUUCGGAUGUUUCAUUUUCUGUUUAAUUAGAAAGGAAGGUUUUAAUGGCUAGUUGUCGCCGACGAAUAACUUCUCCACUGUAAAGGACUGAAGGGCAACAUUUUCGCUAUGUUUGCGCCAAGGGUUUUCCGUUAACCGGUAAUUAAAGCUGAUAGCAAACUGCUAAGCUAGCAUAGCUGCCUAACGAUUUCGCCGAACACCGGUACAGGCGGACCUCUUUGUCUGACAGGGGAAGGCGUGCUCUUUUGUUAGGCUUUUCCCUUUGUCUAUUCGGGAAAGAGGAACUGUUUGGUCAGGAUUUCGCAAUUAUCUGCAGCUCUGAAAGCAUUUAGAAAAUGCAAGUCGCGAAAAAAUACCUCACAGAAGGCCUGAUUCAGUUAACGAUCUUACUCAGUUUGAUUGGAGUUCGUGUGGACAUCGACAGCUACUUAAGUGGCUAUUAUACGCCUCUGAUAGAGAUUAACUUGGGUCCUAGCUCAGCCUACACCCAGACACCCUUUCAUAAUUUGAGAGACACUCUUGACGGAUACAGUGUGCACCCAAAAUGUCCCGAGUUGGACUAUUUCUUUGCAAGUCGUCGGCUACUAGACGAGGUGAGGACCCUUGGCUCCCCGCGGUUCCCCACACAGUUGAACGCAUGGCUGGUACACCAAGUGUCUGCCACUGACAAAGCUGAAUGUGGGCCUUCAACCAGCAACAACACUGACACCAACUCACGGUUAGAAAGCCCCGGGGACGAAGCCAGGGAUGACAGGGAGCACCUGCCUGACUGUGGCCAAGAGGUGUGCCAAACAACCCCUGAACUCCUACAGGGGCCUUGUAAUGCUGGAGCAUGCGGGUUUCUUAAAGAGGAGGAUGAUGUCAAAGUUAAACAGGAGGAAGAACUUAGCCCACUCACUCAACUGGCUCACAGUUCCACACUGGAACAAGAGAGUCUGCUUGAAGGCAUCACCACUCUGUCUGAUCCAGCACAACCUCCUCCCACCAUUGAUAUUGACCAGCACUGGAGCAAUUUACUCUCCCUGUCUGUUACUGACCUUGAUGACUUGGACUCCCUUGUUACUGAGCGUCUGUCAGAUCUCGACACAGACAUCACCAGCGCAAUCAGCCAGGAUGUCAGUUUGCAUGAUGCUAUGGUAACCAAUGCUGGAGUGUUUGGUGGGGUGUCUGAAAGAGUUGAGUCCAGGCCAGUCACCCAACAACAAAGAGCCCUCUUCCGACUGGAAUCCACAGGCUCCUCGCACUCGGAUACGUCACCAGGGAUGGCAGUGGGCCUGGCUGCUCUCCCCUUUGCUUCAGUAUGUAAUAUGACUGGAAACGUGUCACAACAUAGUGCACUGGGUGGCUGUCUGGAUGAGGCAGUGUUUGACCAGAUCAAUCAGCUUGGUUUGGAAGGCCUGGACACCAUAGACACCCAGCUGAUGGGCUGUUUGGAGAGCAUAGACCCACAGGUUCUCGAGGACUUGGACUCAGACUCUGGUCUCUCCUUGGAGAGCAGCUCUGGAGGUCCAGUCUCCCCAGGCUCAUCCGAGAUGUCAUCGUCAUCCAGUUCAUAUUGUGAGGAUGAGUGUGGAGCUACAGGCUACAGCAGUGAGGUGGAUUCACUCUCCACAAAAGGCAUCGUGGACUACACCACAACAUGGUCACCCAUUGAUCUUAGUGAGAGUGUGUGGCAUGACCACACCUACUCAUCUCCUGCUUUCUAUAAUCAGCCGUCAGUAACACUUCCCCACAAAGGUGUUAAAGAGGAGCCUCUAAGCGAUGAUGAUGGGCAAAGUUUAGAUGAGAGGGAGCUGAGUCGUGAUGAGUUGCGCGCACGUGCAAUGUUUAUCCCGUUCUCUGUUCUGCAAAUUGUCAACAUGCCAGUGGAGGAGUUCCUGGAGGUCCUCGACGGUCAUGGCUUCUCCCCUGAACAGGUGACACUCCUGAGGGACAUCCGCAGGCGGGGAAAGAACAAACUGGCAGCACAAAACUGCCGGAAGCGCAAACUAGAUGCCAUCACAGGGCUCCAGGAGGAGGUGGAAAGGUUGCAGGCUCAGAGAGACAGGCUACUGAGGGAGAAACAGCUUACAGCCAAGACAAUGGGUGCUGUGGGCCAGCAGAUAAAGCAGCUGACCAGAGAUGUCCUGGCCCGGCUGAGGGAUGAUUCAGGACAGCCCCUGAACCCAGAAAGAUUCACCCUGCAGUGCGGGGCUAACGGGAGGGUUGUAGUUCAGCCUGUAAGACAACCUGCUGUCUCCAAAUCAACUGGCAACAACACAGACAAGAGAAAGAAGGAGAAAAAACAAUGAUGCAGUAUUGCCAGCUGAGACUUGAACUUUUAGGUUUUUGGAUAUUUCUGAACUCACUUGCUUGACUCUGGUUUUGGGAUCUCCUCUUUUGUAAAAGUGUGUGUGGAUUCACCGCUGUUGGGAGCCUAAAUCUGCCAAAGCUGCAAAAAGAAAAGAAACUCAGAACAUUAAAAAAAAUCUGUAAAUAGAAUUUCUCAUGGGAAAAAUGUAGCUUACACACUGGACAUUUCUUUGCUUAAAGAUGGACAUAGCACCCGGGCAGUUGAAGGCAGCAGCUAAGCUGCUAGCUAUGCUACCAGUCUCUCUUUGUGCCUGUUAACGUUGAAGUUAUUGAGUCUUAACGUUUUUACAGACAAGCGUAGACAACCAGACAUGUCUAGAAGUGAACAUGGCCAGCAUUGUGACAGUUACUGGAUAGAGACCUAGGAGGAGGACUCUGUUUGUUUGUUUUCAUGUAAUCUUGCCUCUCAGUGUGAAUCUGUUAAUUUGUAUUUAUUAAAGUUUUUGGGGUUCCUGAAAUGCUUAAAUGCAUCAUGAGACUGUCCAGGGCGGUAUCAUAAUGGUAAGUUUAUUUCAAGUAAUAAAAAAAUUGGAACAUUACCUAAAGUUUACAUAUUUGUUUCUGAUAUUUGAGGGCAUGUACUGUUGAGUAGAAAUUUGAACUGAAAUGUAAAAGAAAAAAGAUUUUGUUGUUUCCUUAUGUCUAGAUGGCAUACAAUAUACCAAUGAUUAAACUGACAAGGCCUUAA